GAUCUACUGUUACUGAUGAGUCAGAGAAAAGGAGAGCAUUUCUUCAUGCUGGAAAGUUCCUCAGGUCUUCUGUUGACUCAACUGUGGAUUAUAUAGUCCUGGUCUAACAAGGUCAGGAUCAGAAGAGAACCGGGACUCUGAGGAACACGUCACCAUGCAGGAUCCAGCAGCUGUUCUGUGUUAUCUGGCUUUGUUCUUCAUCUCUGCAGCCACAGUUUGGAGUCAGCCUCCAGUGAACUGCAGGUGGGGUUCGUACGGAGCCUGGUCAGAGUGUGACGGCUGCAGCAACACUAAGGUUCGUACUCGUCAUGUGGCCGUUCACGCUCAGUUCGGUGGAACUCCAUGUUCAGGAGAAGCUACUCAAACUCAAGCCUGCGUUUCCCAGAAGAGGUGUCCUCUGAACACAGGCUGUGGAGAACGGUUCCGCUGCACCACAGGACAGUGCAUCAGUCAGUCACUGGUGUGUAACGGAGACCAGGACUGCGAGGACGGCCUGGAUGAGAGGAACUGUGCUCCAGAAGAUCGGCAGAACAUCUGUGACAUCGACAAAACUCCUCCAAACUCUGAGCUGACAGGCAGAGGUUAUGACGUGUUGACAGGUAAACUGAGAGCAGGUGUGAUCAACACACUUAGUUUUGGAGGUCAGUGCAGGAAGACCUUCAGUGGAGACCAUAAGGUUUACUACCGUCUGCCUCACAACGUCCUCAGGUACAACUUCGAGGUGACAGUGGACAACGAGGAGACGGACGAGUCCUAUGAAAGUUCCUGGUCCUACAUGCAGCACAUUCAGUCCAAUGCUUUGUUUGGACACGAUCGCAGAACCUUUCACAAAGAGGUGGCUGAAAAUAAGGCCUACAAACUUCUGAUCCUGAAGAACAAGGUGGAGCUGGCUCAGUUCCAGAACUCUGCUCCCCAGUACCUGACUCUGUCUGAAGGAUUCUGGAGGGCUUUGUCUUCUCUGCCCCUCACCUACGACUACUCAGCUUACCGUCAGCUGCUGCAGAUGUACGGAACCCACUACAUGUCUGAAGGUUCUCUGGGCGGAGAGUAUCAGGCUCUGAUAGAACUGGACCGUCAGGACUUCAGCUCCACUCAGACCACAGAUAUCGAAUAUCAGAAAUGUUGGAGAAAAGUCAAACGUCGUUUUUUCAGGAAAAAGGUGAAAAUUACCUGCGUAAGGUUAUUUGAAAAUAAAGCAGCCAAAGAUGGUCACAGUGUGAAUAAAAUGCCCAUCAAGGUGAAGAUCUUUGGAGGAGAUCCGUCCUUCAUCAGUCCUCUGUCCGUCCUGGACCUGGAAAAUCCUGAGGUUAACGGAGAAAUAUACGACAACUGGGCGUCGUCAGUCAAAGAUUUUCCUGAAAUCAUAAACCAUAAGCUGCGUCCUCUGUACGAGCUGGUGAAGGAGGUUGAGUGUUCAGGUCUGAAGAAGCUCCACCUGAAGAGGGCCACGGAGGAGUAUCUGUCCGAGGAACAUCCCUGUCACUGCAGGCCCUGCAUGAACAACGCUCAGCCCCUGCUGACUGGUUCAGAGUGUAGCUGCAGCUGCCGACCCGGAACGUCGGGAAAAGCCUGUGGGGUUGGAACUGAGACUGGACAACAACCAGGAGUCAUCCACGGCAGCUGGAGCUGCUGGUCCUCCUGGGGUUCUUGUUCGGGAGGUCAGAGGUUAAGGACACGCAACUGUAACAACCCCGCCCCCAGCAGGGGUGGGCGCCACUGUGUUGGACCCGAGGUAGAGAACAAGCCCUGUGAGGAGUUUGGGAUCCAACAUCUACAGAUGAUGGAGCCUCAGUGUUUUGGUGUCACUCUGCCUCCUCCAAAGACAUGUAAUUCUCCACCCAACCUGUGGAACGCUUUUAUUCUUGAUCCCAGAGAUUUUUACCUGGUCGGGACCACAGUGCACUAUUCCUGUAUUGAUGGAUUUUACCUGGUGGGAAACUCUAUGGCUCGAUGUGCUGAAAACCAAAAAUGGGCGAAAGGAGCCAUGCUGUGUAAAAGAUCCACAUGUGAUUCUCCUCAAAUCAGUGGUGAUGUAAUAGGCACGCCCACAAAACCAGCCUAUGAGAUUGGAGAUAGAAUGACCCUUUCAUGUCCAGAAGGGUCAGUGCUGGAGGGGGAGGUGUCAGAAAUCAUAUGUAGUCCCAGUCUGCAGUGGUCCCCGUCUCCAGUGGAGGCGCUCUGCAGAAAAGUGCUGGUGAUCGCACCUCCUCCGCCAUCUUUGCAGAAGUGUAAACUGUGGGAGAAGAUGGGAAAGUCGGAGUGUGUGUGUCUCAUGCCGCCUCAGUGCCCGCCGUCUCUGCAGCUGUGCGUCAGGCUCGGACCCAGUCACCGUCUUCUGGGAGUCUGCCAGCUGGGGGCGCUAAGGUGCAUGGGACGGGACUUCAGUCUGUCAGCUGACAGUGAGUGUAAAUGGUCAGAGGAAUUCAGUUCGUGUGCCGACUGUCAACCAGGGACAGUCUGUAGCGAGUCUGAGAGAAAAUGCGUCUGUCAGGAUCCGUCAGCGUGUCCGUCAGACUCCGCCCCCUUGUGUGUGAACACUGGUGAUGGUAGCGUUGCCACAACGAUGAGUGAAUGUGAGGUGGGAGCGAGGAGGUGCAGAGGAGAACACGUGACCGUCAUCGACAUUGACGCCUGUUCACCAUAACAAAAUUCUUCUCUUUCUUCACUACUGAGUUUUUUUUUAAUUCUUUCACUUUGUUUUUUCUGAGUGUGAGAAAUGUAAAUAGUUGAACAAUGAAUUUUGUAUGUGUUUCAAUGAUGUAAAUCUUUUCUUUCUCUCCCAGUCAUAGACAAUAAAAUGAAACACUUUUUAAUAAAA